AGACAUCGCAUACGUUUAGUUGGUGAUAGACUGGUCAACAUGAUAACUAUAUCAGCCAAACAUGUCUUGGUACUUGCUUUGGUGGUUUUUGUCGUAGCAGAACAAUAUGAUGUCACUGCAGGUUCCCCACAUGAGCGACGGUCAGAAAGAGCCGCGUCGGAUGUUGUCUUAAGAUUUCGAGGCUGCCCGAUAACUAGCGACCAAGCUAAAUUGAUUACUGCGUUGUACGGUAAAAUAUUGAAUGUUCACUCAAGGACUGGCAGAAGUAUUAAAGGAUCGCAGUUUGGCGUAGCAGUUAGCGUAGCUUCGCUUAAUGAAACUACAGAAGUGGUUCCUGAGAGAACUGGAAAAUGGCCAAUUGUUGAACCAGAAAUUGAGGAAGGAGGUUCAACAAACGAAAAUGAACCAAGUAGAAAACAUGGCCAAUUGGGUAACCAAGACGUAGAGAUUCCUAGACCAACAGGAGGCCAGAGACUAAACACUAGUCCUCGGUCUCCCUGGUGGACACAAGAACCAUCUGGUGAACAAUGGCCAAGACGAGGUCUUUCUGGUAAAAAAGGAACAUACAGAUAUCAGAAACCGCAGGAGCAAAAGGGUCAAAUGGAAAGUCAGGCUCGUUCUGGUAAUUCUUGGUCCUCUUGGUCUUCUUGGUCUUCUUGGUCGUCUUGGUCGACAGGAACCACGUGUGUAUAA